AGCUGCGUUGUGGCACUUUGCAACUGAGGCUGACUGCGGAGACCGGAGACUAAGAUAGCUAAGGCGAUGGCGCUGGCGCUGUCGAUGGCGACAUAAAACUUAACACAAUGCCUUACAAGCCGAUCAGUCGACAACAUUUCACUUUGGCCGUAGGAAGCAACCGUACCAAUCGCACCGGCAGCAAUAGCAUCAACAACCGCAGCUAAUAACGGAAAUAUCAGCGGUGACAGCAACAAAUAUCGGAAAAGAAAUUUUUAUAGCAGACGCAGACGCGACAUUUUUACAGUUCUUGGAAGUUCUCGGCAUUAAAGACACGCUGUUAAUUUAAGUGUUUGAGUUGAAAAAAAGAAUUUGCAUUUUGCAUGUCAAGCGUUUAAUAAACGUGUUGUGGGUGAAGUUAAACGAUAAUAGACGGACAAUGAACAUGAGACGCUGUCAAAGCGCUUUGCUGCACCUGUCGCUGUUACUCAGCGUUUUGGCGCUAGACUGCGCACUAGCCGCCUCCAUUUACACCUUGGACGACACAGCACCCCUCAAGCCCACCGAAGAGCCCACCAAGUUUGUGGUCAUCACUGAAGAUGUGAUACCUGAUGUCGCAAAUACAACACAGAAAGUCAUACGCGUUAAUCCACUCGAUUUGCCAGCGCUAUCCGAGGAUUCCAGCGGCAGCACGGACUCAUCUCUAUAUAAAAUACAGAGCUUACUGCCCGCCAAUCGCAACUACGUGAACUCAAAUCGCAUGCGCGGCAAGAAGACACGUCCCAAGGACGUCAAGGCCGCUGUCGAGACCAACACUGCGGAUUCGCCGAUCAUACGUCAUAUUACCGAACCGAAAUUUCGUAAACCGAGUCGCAAUCAAAAGAAGAACCUGCAUUUCCUCUACAAUCAGGAGGCUUUAGAUGGUCAUAAAGUGAGCAAAACUAUGAAUGUGCGUGUGGCGCCUGGCGCUUAUCCGGUUUACUAUGCGGUUUCGAAAACCAAUGGACGCUUUGGUAAAUAUCCUCUUAAGAGUUUUCGCACGCCAACGGAAUUUCUAAAAUAUUUGGCCAAAAGUAAGGUGACAGCGUUGGAGCAGACGCAGCGCUUGGAGAGUUGAGUGUUGGCGGGAUUGUGGUAGGAUGAGAUGGUAGAAAAGAUAAUUAGUGUAGCUUAAAUAUAUGUAUAAUUAAGUGUAAGUUAUGAUAAAAUGGAAGCAAAAUAUGCAGCUUUUUUUAAAGAGCGUAGAUGACUAUGUGUGUCGAAGCUCUUAUUUCUUAAGUGAGUAGGUAAUUUUCUACUUUGGAAGCGCUAAAUUAUUUAAUUUCGUCGAAAAAUAAAUAUUUAUUAUUAUGGUAUGUGAUUUGUAUAAUUAAUUUCAGUUUAGUAUUAUUUAUUAGUUUUAAAAAUAGUAUUUAUAAAUAGUGGCUUAAUGUACUUAAAGAUUUAUUUAUGUACUUUUACUUUAUAUUUAUAGAAAGUGCCAGAAUAAAGUCAAAUUAUAUAG